UAUAGAGGAAAUGUGAAGUGAAGGCCUAUGCCAGAGGAACAAGAGAGGAAACCGCACAUUGUGCAGGCACAGAAAAGAGAGCUCAGGAUUACAUUUUACACAGUUAGGGUUUGGGGUUAUGCAGUGAUCAGAGCUAGAUAUCAAGGGAAACGUACAUUUUUAUUUUCCAAUAGUGUGUCUGAAUAGAUAAAUACGCUAUGAAGUUGGUGAAACUCAUUUUAAUCCUCCAAGCGCUUCAUCUGUGUCAAGGUAACAGAUACCACUCUACACAAUAAUUUGUGAUCUAUUAUCUUUGAUUUUCUUGUUUAAAGUUUACAGUAACAGUAAAAUUGAUUCUAUCACAUCGAUAAGUGAAGAUAAACAUUAGUUUAUUAAUGUGAAGGGUAUUAGUCAGAUGCUAACCAGUCCUCGGCUAAUAAGUUCAACGAUUUGAAACACCUUUGGAUUUUAUGUAUUACACAUUUUACAUAAGGCAAAAAAGGCACAAAUAUUAACUAUUUGAAUAACAGUAACAUUGAAGGAAUUAUCCCAGCUCGCACAUAAAGUUCUGAGAACCAUAUAUUUCUUAGAGCUUGGUGAGAACGUGGUUGUCCUAUGGUUAUUUUGAAUACAACCUUCCCAAAACUUUCUGGGAAUGGUGCAGGAUACCCAGCUAGCAUAUAACGCUCUCAGAACCAUAUGUUUUGUCUGUGGGAAUUUCAGUACUGCAGCAUAAUGUUUUCUGCAGGUUUCCUCACGGUUCUAUUGAAAUGGGGUCUGUUUGAAAAUACUAAACUUAACAGCUUUGUACGAGUUAAAAAACAUGGCACGCUAGCUCCAUCCUGGUGGCACAGUGGACUAAUUACAUGGAUAGAUAACAUAAGAUCAUAGGUUUGAAUUUCACUGAUGUUGUGCCACAAUAAAAAAAAGAAACGUUUGCUUGAUUAAUGCCUGAGCAAAUGAAUUUCUAUCUGUGCUUGGACUUAACCCAAACUAAGCUAGCAGUAUUAUUAAAAGUCAUCGAAACAUGUUCCUAGAACUUUAUUUAAUUACCUUCAAAUAACCUAUAAUUCUUGUUCUCAGAACGUUAAUAAAACUUCCUGGGAAAACUUGCAGGGAACCGUAGUAAGGCGUUCUCAGACCCUCCCUGCAACCUAAAAAUGUAUGUUCCCAGAACAGCCAAAAUAUUCACUUCCGUUCUUUAAAAAAAAAAAAUCCCGGUCAGAAAUGUAUGGCUUCGUUCUCAGAACCAAUGGGAAACCAAAAACAUACAUUCCCACAACUUCCAAGGAACCAAAUGUGCUAGCUGGAUUACCCUGAUUUUUUUUAUUUUUUUAUAAUGUAAUAAACUACUACCACUAACUACUUUGUACAAUAAGCAGGUGGUUUGGACACAGGGCUUUAUGGCUCAAGACAUCUUACCACAUUUCACAUGCAUCUCACGCCAGAUACCAACAAAGGAUGGUGCUUGGUCAAGUGGUUAGUUUGAAAGUCUUGCAUGUGGGAAGUCCUAGUGGUCAAAGGGAGUCACAAUAACAUUGAGACCAAUAAAAUGAUGUCACAUCUCAUUGCUAUAUCUGUGAUCUAAAGGGAUGUGCCAUUUUCAACUUUCUUUCAGCAUAUAACAAUUCCUCUGCUCAAACUGGAAAAAAUGCAUCACAAUCGGAGCUUGAUAACAAUCAAAGUGAGUUUCUGUAUUUCUUUAUCUUUUCUGACAAAGCCACCCACACAGACAAAUGAUCUCCAAUCAUCACUGCUGGCUUUGAGUUUCACAUUUAAUUUUACUCCAUCGCUCACAGACUCUCAUGUAUCAUGAUCAGACCACCCCAAAUUAUCCAGGUCUCAGAGCAUUAAUCAAGCAUUUGGUGCAGUGUUUGAAACCACUUCUGCUUGGUUAAACCCCAUCGUGUACUCUCCAUAUGAAUGUUUUUGUUCAGCGUCAAAAGUAUGUCACACAGGAUGUGGAGGUGGUUAGGUUAGGGGUUUGCUGCUGCGUUUAAUUGAACUUUGCAGGUGCAUUCCAACCAAGAGUUUGAUAGGCUUUAACUGAAAUUACAGUGCUAUGUUGCAAAACUAUUUCACCCACUCAUCAAGAUCUUGGAUUUUCCUGCAUUCUGCACAUCAGUACCCAUAACAUUUUCUCUCUAUAAAGUAUGACCAUCCAUUAUGUUACAAAUACAGCCUACAUAAGUAAUAAUUCACUCUUAUACCAUGGCAAUUUUUUUAAUUUAGUGAUAUCGUAGAAUAGUUAAUGUCUUCAUUCACUUAAAAUGUCUCAUUCUCAUUCACAGCUGAGCCCUACAUAACUCAACGAUCCAAUGCAUGCUCCUGGAGUCCCAUGAUCUUUAGAGAUGAGAUAUGGACUUCAGUCACAUUCACUGCAGAGUCCAGAGACCAAGUAGCCCAUCAGAUAUGUAUGGCUCUUGGCUGUGGUGGAGUCUACAGUCUUAAUGAGACCAGCGCACCACCCAACAGUAUCUGCCUCACAAACUGCACCUACCGUGAAUAUCGUCUUCAGAACUGCUCCCACGUUGUGAGGAUGAAUUGCACAAAGGUGUCCGAUGUCGUUUGUGGUAAGACACGGUUUAAAAGACACACAUUUCAUCAUAUGCUCUCAUUUCACAAAAUAAGUUAAAAAUUAUAAUAGGAUACUUGAUAUUGUUGAUCAUAUAUACAGUCUGUUACAUUCUACAAAUGUACCAUAUGCGUUACAUCACAUAGUUUUUCAAGUUGAAUCACAUUAGUUGCACACUAACCCUAACUCUAGGGGUUGAAACUCAUAUACAGUCCCUGUGUCUGUGGUUGUAGGGCACCAGGCUGUGAGGCUGGCUGGAGGCGAGCACCGCUGCGCUGGACGUGUGGAGCUGUGGAGAGAGGGGCAGCAGUGGGGCACGGUGUGUGACGAUGAGUGGGACAUGAGGGAUGCUGAUGUGGUAUGUGCCCAGCUUGGCUGUGGCUAUGCCAUAAGUGUGACAGGGCAGGGUGGUGCCUUCCCUCAGGGCAAGGAUCCCAUCUAUCUGGAUGAGCUGAAAUGUACUGGCAAAGAGGGCAACCUGUGGCAGUGCCCAGCAUCAGAUAAAAGCCAUGACUGUGGGCACAAGGAGGAUGCUGGGGUGGUAUGUUCAGGUAACUGUCACUGAUGUUUCCUACACACUACAAUAAAAGGAUAUAAUGUAGAUUGUAUAUGUAUUUCUGUUCCCUGUACAAACUUUAUCAUACCUACUAACAGGCCAGAUUGCUGGUUCAAAUCAAGAGCACCAACUUCUCUUUAUUCAUCUAAAGAUCUUUAUGGUCCCUGUUCUCUCUGCCUAUUUUACAGAGCUGAAGGCAGUGAGGCUGACUGGAGGGGUGGACCACUGUUCUGGUAAAGUGGAGAUCCACCGUAAUGGAUCAUGGGGGACAGUGUGUGAUAACUGCUGGGGGAAGGAGGAAGCCUCCAUGGUGUGUUCCAUGUUGGGCUGUGGGGAGCCAGUUCAUUUUGUAGCUUUCAAACCCCCUUUCACUCACAACAAUGGGACCCUGUGGUACUACAGAUGCGAUCCACAUCACACAGACCUUUGGCAGUGUAAGGAAUUUGCCAACAUUACAAUAUUGUGCACUGACUCUGAAGCGGCUGGACUUAUUUGUAGUGGUAAGUGAGAUUAUUUGUGCAAAUGAUAUAAAUGUUUGAUUAAUGUACACCAUGGUUCUUCAAUUCCGGUCCUGGAGGGCCGAAACACCUCUGUUUUUCAUCCUUCUAAUCAGGGGCUAAUUCAGACCUGGGACACCAGGUGAGUGCAAUUAACUACCAGGUAGAAAUAAAAAACAGAAGUGUUUCGGCCCUCCAGGACUGGAAUUGAAGAACCCUGAUGUACACAGUGAGCACAAUUAAGGUUUUUCAAAUAUUUUCUACUGUACUGUACUUUUUCUCACAGGAUCACGUGGGCGAUAUCUUCCAGUUACAACAGAAGCAGCUGCAACAGUAUUGAGCAGGACCCCAGGUGAAAAAGGUCAACCUGAGUCUGAAUUUUAAGAUUGACAAAACUAUUCAGACUUUUGAGAAUGUAAAAGAUCAAGAUUAAAUGUGUGUAAAAUGUUAUUUGUUCCUGUAUUUUGUUUCCUUCCCAGUGACUACAGCCAGUGUAGCAAAUUAUGGCUUCCCAUUCGCCAUGUCCCUAGAGCUGCUGGGGUGCAUCUCCCUAUCCUUCCUUCUGCUCACGGCUCUGGUCACAAACGCUCUGCUUUGCUGCCACUACAGGAGGAGAAAUGGUUGGUCCCAACUGCCACAUACACUACCAGUCAAAAGUUUGGACACACCUACUCAAUCAAGGCUUUUUCUUUAUUUUGUCUAUUUUUUACAUUGUAUAAUAAUAGUGAAGACAUCAAAACUAUGAAUUAACACAUAUGGAAUCAUGUAGUAACCAAAAAAGUGUUAAACAAAUCAAAAUAUAUUUCAUAUUUGAGAUUCUUCAAAUAGCCACCAUUUGCCUUGAUGACAGCUUUGCACACUCUUGGUAUUCUCCCAACCAGCUUCACCUGGAAUGCUUCUCCAACAGUUUUGAAGGAGUUCCCACAUAUGCUGAGCACUUGUUGGCUGCUUUUUCUUCACUCUGCGGUCCGACUCAUCCCAAACCAUCUCAAUUGGGUUGAGGUCUGGGGAUUGUGGAGACCUGGUCAUCUGAUGCAGCACUCCAUUACUCUCCUUCUUGGUAAAAUAGCCCUUACACAGCCUGGAGGUGUCAUUGUCCUGUUGAAAAACAAAUGAUAGUCCCACUAAGCCCAAACCAGAUGGGAUGGCAUCGCUGUAGAAUGCUGUGGUAGCCAUGCUGGUUAAGUGUGUCACUGACAGUGUCACCAGCAAAGCACCCCCACACACUAACACCUCCUCCUCCAUGCUUUACGGUGGGAAAUACAAAUGCCUAGAACAUCCAUUCACCCACACCGCGUCUCACAAAGACACGGCGGUUGGAACCAAAAAUCUCAAAUUUGGACUCCCGACCAAAGGACACAUUUCCACCGGUCUAAUGUCCAUUGCUCGUGUUUCUUGGCCCAAGCAAGUCUCUUCUUCUUAUUGGUGUUCUUUAGUAGUGGUUUCUUUGCAGCAAUUCGACCAUGAAGGCCUGAUUCACACAGUCUCCUCUGAACAGUUGAUGUUGAGAUGUGUCUGUUACUUGAACUCUGUGAAGCAUUUAUUUGGGCUGCAAUUUCUGAGGCUGAUAACUCAGCAGCAGAGGUAACUCUGGGACUUCCUUUCCUGUGGCGAUCCUCAUGAGAGCCAGUUUCAUCAUAGCACUUGAUGGUUUUUGCAACUGCACUUGAAGAAACUUUCAAAGUUCUUGACAUUUUCCGUAUUGACUGACCUUCAUGUCUUAAAGUAAUGAUGGACUGUUGUUUCUCUUUGCUUAUUUGAGCUAUUCUUGCCAUAAUAUGGACUUGGUAUUUUACCAAAUAGGGCUAUCUUCUGUAUACCUUGUCACAACACAACUGAUUGGCUCAAAUGCAUUAAGGAAAUAGAUUCCACAAAUGAACUUUUAAGAAGGCACACCUGUUUAUUAAAAUGCAUUCCAGGUGACUACCUUAUGAAGCUGGUUGAGAGAAUGCCAAGAGUUUGCAAAGCUGUCAUCAAGGCAAAGGGUGGCUAUUUGAAGAAUCUCAAAUAUAACAUAUAUUUUGAUUUGUUUAACACUUUUUUGGUUACUACAUGAUUUCAUAUGUGUAAUUUCAUAGUUUUGAUGUCUUCACUAUUAUUCUACAAUGUAAAAAAAAAAAAACUUGAAUGAGUCGGUGUGUCCAAACUUUUGACUGUGCAUUCAGUGACUGAAUUUCAAAAUCUCCAUGCAUCAUAGGUCCAUGUAUCUGGCAGUUCAUAUUGUAAUAGAGUUUUGUAUAUGGGUCAUUCUACAGACGUGGUGCAAAUUGGGGGAAGGAAAAAAUAUAUUUUUGUAUCCUAUUUUUACAAAAUCUUCAGAGCACAUUUCUUCCAACAUAUGUCAGAAAGACAUAAACUCAGCAAAAAAAGAAAUGUCCCUUUUUCAGGACCCUGUCUUUCAAAGAUAAUUUGUAAAAAUCCAAAUAACUUCACAGAUCUUCAUUGUAAAGGGUUUAAAUACUGUUUCACAUGCUUGUUCAAUGAACCAUAAACAAUUAAUGAACAUGCACCUGUGGAACGGUCGUUAAGACACUAACAGCUUACAGAUGGUAGGCAAUUAAGGUCACAGUUAUGAAAACUUAGGACACUAAAGAGGCCUUUCUACUGACUCUAAAAAACACCAAAAGAAAGAUGCCCAGGGUCCCUGCUCAUCUGCGAGAACGUGCCUUAGGCAUGCUGCAAGGAGGCAUGAGGACUGCAGAUAUGGCCAGGGCAAUAAAUUGCAAUGUCCGUACAGUGAGACGCCUAAGACAGCGCUACAGGGAGACAGGACGGACAGCUGAUUGUCCGCGCAGUGGCAGACCAUGUGUAACAACACCUGCACAGGAUCGGUAUAUCCGAACAUCACACCUGCGGGACAGGUACAGGAUGGCAACAACAACUGCCCGAGUUACACCAGGAACGCACAAUCCCUCCAUCAGUGCUCAGACUGUCCGCAAUAGGCUGAGAGAGGCUGGACUGAGUGCUUGUAGGCCUGUUGUAAGGCAGGUCCUCACCAGACAUCACCGGCAACAAUGUCGCCUAUGUGCACAAACCCACCGUCGCUGGACCAGACAGGACUGGCAAAAAGUGGUCUUCACUGACGAGUCGCGGUCGCGGUUGUUUGUAUUGCAUAUUUGAUAUAUGUGACCGACUGGCUCGAUUUGGUCUUAUGUAGCAAAAUAAUUUGAAAUUGUGUAGUUACUCAGAAAUAGAAAGUGGUAUAUCAUACACUAUAUUUGAGGAACAAUGGGAAAGUAAUUCUGCUUUGAAAGUUGAUAAAAUUUUAACCUCACUUUUGAGAAAAUCUUGAAUGUUUUGGUACCUACUGGAGAGCUCUUCUUUGUCUACACCCAUUCAGCAUCGUUCACACCCUCUUAAGCUUUAGCCCCACCCAUCUCUUUAAGGAUGUGAGGCUAUGUACUAAACAACCAAAGAUUUCAAGACUAAAGGCUGGUUUAUACUAUGGAUGUGUUCGUAAAUGUAAUCUAGAGUGCCAGAGUGUGCUUGGAGCGUUCAGAGUGAACACUGGACUCUUUCGCCGAGGAGGAGGAUUGAUCAGAGCGUUCUGACCUAAGAACAGCAGUCAAGCACCCAAGCUAACUGGCUUGCUAGCUACUUCCAGACACAAAUGAGAGAACAGCUCACUCUGACCAUUUUACUCGCCUUAGCAGAGCUGGUUAGGCUGUUUUUAUGUUAUCCAGAGCGUUGGUGACUGCAACUGUGCUGCUGGCAAAAAAUGUAUUAUGCUUUUUUGCCAACAUUUACUGACACCGGCCAUAAUCAAUGGGUGUUGAGCGUUCGUAAAUUCGUCAGUUAUUCUGCGCUCUGGCACACUCAGACGAGAGUGCUCUGAAAUCGGAGUAGAUAGCCAGAGCGAAUUUACCAGCUACGUCUAUCGACAGAAUUUUCUCAAUUUCCUUAGCUAUCAUACUCUAAUUCCACUGAUUUCAAAACUCAGUCCUCCAGAAAGUGGAGAGCAACACUUAUGGAGUUCUACUACGUGAUAUCGUUCAAAAAAGCCGCGUUAAAAAAGAUGACCUACACGUACUGAACAGCUCAUAUUAUUGACAGAAGCGUGCUACAUGGCAGACCGAUCCGAACUCAUCUCUUGGCAUAUCCAGCCCACUCAUUAUCUCAGCCAAUCAUGGCUAGCGGGAAGGUUGCUGUCUUUUCCCAGUGCUAAACCAACUAGGCUCAUAAUUUAACAAUUGUAUUCGUAUUUACAGAUAGCAUACAAGUUUGAUAUUAAGGCACAUGAAAGUUCACAUGUUCCAGAAGGCAUUUCUGCUCAAUAACGCAUUCUGAUUCGUUUUUUAAAAGUUUACGUUCAAAUGGCGCACCUGUGAAGUAGUGACGCGCGACAUACGCCUAGUUUCCUGAAACGAGUUCCUUACCCCCACCCUCCCACACACACUAAAUUUGGCACUACCGAAACAGUGAAAAAGUUCAUUAAAGGGAUAAUCAUGCACAGAACAUAUUCAUUUCAGAAAUGUUAUUUGCAUACCAAAUUAACAAAAUAGUAAAAACAUGAUUUUUGAAUCUAAAACUUGUUGAUUUGAUUGAUUGAAUUCUGAUUAAUGAAGUGGUUUGAUGCUUAAAUUAUCACUUUACCUAUCUUUAUUUUGGCUCAAUAACAGGUGUUUCGGUAUGAAGUGUCAAUCAUAGAGAUAACUGGAGUACUCUAGAUGGAUAUAACUCAUUUUAGUAUAGAUAUUGAGGGGGCUUCCACCAUUUAAAAGUAGCCAACUGGGUGAGGAUUCCUAUGGGUUGGGAGUGAUCAGCCAAUGAUCAGAGAGCAUUUUAAUGUUCAAAUUGGGUUGCCUAUGGUUUGUAAACCAAAUAAUAAGGUAAUAUCCAGGAGCCAAGACCAAGAUUUAUACCAGGACAUUGGUCCCAAGAUCCAAACACAGACCCAAACCCAGUGAGUUCAGACCAUGACAAGUUAAGUACCUAAUUUAUGUGGUCCUGAGGGGUCUCAAGACCAAGACCACUAGAUCAAGAGUCCAUCAGCCCUUUCUUCAAUUGUAAGAAACUCAAGGAAACUCGAGUACAGUACACUAGAGCACAGUAGAGUAGGAUACAGUAGAGUAGGGUACAGUACACUAGAGCACAGUAGAGUAGGGUACAGUAGAGUAGGGUACAGUACACUAGAGCACAGUAGAGUAGGAUACAGUAGAGUAGGGUACAGUACACUAGAGCACAGUAGAGUAGGGUACAGUAGAGUAGGGUACAGUACACUAGAGCACAGUAGAGUAGGAUACAGUAGAGUAGGGUACAGUACACUAGAGCACAGUAGAGUAGGAUACAGUAGAGUAGGGUACAGUACACUAGAGCACAGUAGAGUAGGAUACAGUAGAGUAGGGUACAGUACACUAGAGCACAGUAGAGUAGGGUACAGUAGAGUAGGGUACAGUAGAGUAGGGUACAGUGCAUUAGAGCACAGUACAAUAGAGUACAGUAGAGCACACUACAGUACAGUAAAGAACAUUAUAGAUGUCUAUGUUUUGCCCAUAAAGAUGUCAAUGUUUGGGCUCUUGGAGGGUUGGAUCCUCCCUGCUGGCUAUGCAUCUCAAUAAUCUACACUUUUUCCUGAAGUGUGAACUUGUCCACUACCCUCAUUGUGAUACUCUGUAGCUCAGUUUAAAAUGGAUAUAUCCUCAAUGGCGCUGCCCGUGCUGUCACAGACGCCAUAAUGGCACAGAUACAAAGAUGAGACCUCUAUAUAUCUCUAUGGUGUCAAUUGUUUCGAUUGUGACUGUUUUGGUUAGGAAAAUGUUGACUUAUUUUGAUCUUUAAAAAUCUCCAUAGCUAACAUAUUUCUUUCAGUUGGACAGCAAACAUAUAUUUUAGUCCCAAAACUGUACUUUACAUAUGUCUUUAUAUAUUAUACUGAACAAAAAUAUAAACGCAACAUACAACAAUUUCAAAGAUUUUAUUGUAUAUUUUUGUUCAGUAUAAUAUAUAAAGAAAUAAGUAAAGUACGGUUUUGGGAUUUAGAAUGGACCAUUAUCAUGCACCUAUAUCGAAACAGUGUCAGCCGGAAAAAAUAAAUCUAAUCUAUGCACUUAAAUAGCGAAUGGAGGACGCUUUUCCCCGUAGUUUAUUUUCAUGCCAGCCGGCUAUACUCCUGUUGUAAAUAUAAGCAAUGUGCUUAAUAAUAGGAAAGUUGAGAAAUAAAUAUAGUAGGCCUAGCCUAUAGAAAAAUGAUCCUCCUAUUUUUAAUAGAGUCCAUCACUCUUGUUUUCUCGCGCAAUUGUAUAGCCUAUUGAAAUGAUGCGCAACAUGAGCUCAUGGGCUCUCGUGAAGUGUUUGAUUAGAUUUUCGAAACACAUUUGCAUUGAUGUCAGAGUGAUUAGAGGGACAAUAGAGUGCGGAGUACCAGGCAGUUAGCAAGUUUGGUAGGCCUACUAAUGACCAUCAGCAGCAUCAGAGCUUGGAGAAGCCUAAUUACCGUAACUAAACGGUCACGUGGAAUUUGACUGCCUUCAUGACUCGUGACCACCGGUGUGACGGUAAUACGGUCACCGCAAUAGCCUUAGGUGGGACUGCAAUUUGCACCACUUCUGUAGAAUCACCCAUAUAGUCUAAUAUAGAUCAUUUUGGAUUGGUUAGAACCUGAUACUGUAUUAAUAUUACAACGUGUUUUUACUGUCCAUAGCUCUCUUAGUCCAGCAGAGACAUGCUAACCUGCAGACACCCACUGAGCAUCAUGACAAAGACUACCAGGACUCUGUGAAUCUCAUCAAGGUCACAACCAGCAGCCCAACAGAAAAUGAAGGUUAGUGAAUUAGAACAUGCCUCUUUGACCCUGUUUUCCUCUGUACAGAGCUCCUACUUCAUCAAGACCCACAUUGUCACAUAUUAUCAAAUCUGUUUUGAUUUGUAUAACAUUUUUGGUAACUCUCUGUAAAGAUUGUUUAAUCUCUCUUUUGUUUUGCUUUGCAAAGUCCCGGCAAAUCCCAGGUAUCAGUGGACCCAGAGUAGUGUGGACAGCACCUCAGUGGAUACAGACUAUGACCAGUGUGAUCUAAACGCUGAGGCAGCUGUCCAUAUGACCACCUUUCAGAGUAAGCAGUGUCUUUUUUUCUCCCAAAUCCCAUUUAAUUAAUACAUACUUUAACUAAGCAUUACAGUUCAGAAGGGCUAAUCAAGACGCCAAAAUACACAAUCAUUUUGGACUACACUACUCAUAUUUGUGUAGCACAGGAGGUUGGUGGCACCUUAAUUGGGGAGGACGGGCUCGUGGUAAUGGCUGGAGCAGAAUGAGUGGAAUGGUAUCAAAUACAUGGUUUUUAUGUGUUUGAUGCCAUUCCAUUUGCCCUGUCCAGCCAUGAUUAUGAGCCGUCCUCCCUUCAGCAGCCUCCGCUGUUGUGUAGCUAAUAUAUCUCAACUCUCACUUGUAAUUCAGAUUCUAUACGAUACAAACAAGAUACCAGGAACCCUUUUAUGAGGGCUACAGCUCUGGACAGUCUAUCUGAGGAAGGUGAGUCCAUAUUUAGUGGUGCACUCCAGUAACGGCCAAGAACAAUCUCAAUGCCUUUCCUCCAUGACAGACACAAAUUCACAACAUUUGAUAGCUAAUAAGUUUGAAAAGUUUGUUAUUCCCAACAUUGUGACGUCUGUAGCACAUGCAGGUGACAACCAUAACGUUUUCAUAGGAGGCAUUUGUGACCAAGCUCCAGGAUGCAAUAUAGGACCCCCAAGUGGUGAGGGUCACUCUUCUGUUUGUUUUUUUUUGACGAACGUUUUGAUUUAUUUAGUAAUGUUUUUGAUAGGGGGGUUAAAUAAAUAAAAAGUGGGCCUCCAACCCCAACCUCCCAUCCCAUUCACCCGACCCCACCAAGCCAACAUGUUUCUAUCUCCCCUCCCCCCUCCCGGAAACCAUGUCCCCCCCCCCCCCCCCAGCAACUGGGGUUGCUCAUCAGUCACCUCCCCAGAGGGUCAACCUUUGAACUCAACAAUGUACAAUUCAGAGAAAAUGAAGAGACAUGACCCAUAACAAUCUAAUUGUGAUUUGUGUUGACAUCUGUUUCAGUGGACUCCUUUGAUUCUUCCAGCACCUCCUCUGAGGAAUGCUAUGAAAACACAGGUAAAGAUGUGGAGAAUCUACUAACAUCAGGUAUGGCCAUGGGUACAGCCCUGAGUUUUUCCUGACUUUAUGGGACCUGACCAGGAAAACUCCAGUCCCUAUGGAUACAGUAGGUGCAGACAGUACUGCAAACAAGUCACUGUGCUAAUGUUGCAAUAGCCCUAAGUUCCAUUUCUAUUCAUGCUGUGCAUUUACUUUUCUCUACCAGGGAGAAUGGAUCCAUGGCAACCUCCAGUUACCCACAAUGCAAAUAACCACCUAAUGCCUUCAGGGAACCCUGAUCAAACCCAGUCACAUGACCAGGGUAAACAAGCUGCUUCCCUUCUCUUCUCUUCUCCUCUCUUCUCUUCUUAUCUCUUUUCUCCUUUCUCCUUUCCUCUCAUUUUCUCUAUCUACUCUAUUUUGGCAAUAAGGGAUUUGGGAUGUUACUCUAUUUUCUGACACCCUGUAUUCUGUUUAUCAUGGUUUGUCACCAGGAGUGGCUGAUGGCAAAAGUGACGAGUAUGAGGAGGAGGGCCACCUGUACUCUCCUGACCCCAACCAGUCCUCCUCAGAGGGUGUCUAUGAUGACAUCGCUAACUACCUGGACUCAAAUCCAGAGCAAGGCUACUGAAUGAGCUGGAUGGACCUACGUUUUAUAUGUCAAUAUUUCUGUUAAUAUAAAAUAGUAGCUAGCUAAUUGUUUGAAAUGUUUGAAAGUAUGUAUUAUUGUAUAGCAUACAAAUAGUAUGUAUGUUGUUUAGUAUUUUGUGUUUUUGGGUGUGAUAAUAAAUAAAUAAAAAUGGUUUAAUAUGCAGUUAUGAUAUUUGUGCAGUUGGUAACAUACAAUGAUUGCUGAUGUAGCCUACAGAGGAAACCCUUACAGCAGGGAUCAUCAACUAGA